GUGUGCUGGGAGUGGCGGAUCUGCUGCUCCGCACGCCCCUCACAGUGGAGCAGCGCUCCUACCUCGAGAUCAUCCGGUCGUCGGGAGACAAUCUGCUGCGGAUCAUAUCCGACGUGCUGGAUCUCUCCAAGAUCGAAUCGCAAUCCCUGGGUCUGGAGAGCGUGGCCUACUGCCUCGAGACGUGUAUCAACGAGGCUACGGCGCUGCUCUGUGUUGCUGCCUCGGAAAAAGGAUUGCUGUUGGAGAGCCGUGUGGCUCCCGAUGUGCCGCGCUAUGUGAGAGGCGAUCCGGGGCGGUUGAGGCAGAUCAUUCUCAACCUCGUCUCCAACUCCAUCAAGUUCACUCAGAGUGGCGGCAUCCAGAUUGUAAUCCGCCGCGCUACAGAGGACGAGGUCACCCGCGUACGCAAGACUAGGGCUGCUACUGCCGCCUCUGCUGCAGGAGAGGGCGCGGACGCAGCUGCAGGAGAGGAAGGAGGCGUAGGGGGAGGAGGAGGAGCAAAGGGAGAGAGGGAGACGGGGGGGCCAACAGCGGAAGCAGCAGCAGGAGCAGCAGCGGGAACAGCAGUAGGAGCAGCAGCGGGCGCAGCAGUAGGAGCAGCAGCAGGAGCAGCGGUAGCAGCAGCAGCGGGAGCAGCAGUAGCAGCAGCAGCGGGCGGAGCGAGAGGAGGAAAGGGUAUAGUGGAUGCUGGGGGUACUAGGAAGGCUGAUCCUGGUGGGGUUGAGGAGGAGCCUAGCGCGAAACGCAGGCGCAUAGAUGGGGUAGCAGGGGCGGGGGAGAGGGGGAACGGGGGAGCGGCGGCGGGGGAGAAGGGGGAAGACGCAGCAGGGGCAGCAGGGGAGGGUAUGGCGCGAAAAGAGGACGGGCGGAGAGGGGGAGGGAGUGGAGAGGGGGACAGAGGGGGCGAGGGGAGGGGAGAGGAGAGAAGGCGGAAGGGGAGAGGGGAGGAGACGGAGGGUGACUCAGAAGACGCAGAGUUUGGAGAGAGUGAAGGAGAGGAGAAGGGCGGGUGUGUGGCUGAUAGGAGAGAGGCAGGAGGUGAGGGAAGGAAGGGAGGAGAAAGCGGGAAGGAAGAGAAUAGCAGAAGAAGUGCAGGGGCUACGGCUGAGCAAGGAGAGAAGGGGGAGGAGGAGCAGGGGAAGGGGGAGGAGGGGAAGGAGGGGGAGGGGGAGCAGGGGGAGAAAGGGGAGAAGGGGGAGAAGGGGGAGGAGGGGGAGGAGAAGGUGUGGAUAACGUUCUGUGUGGUGGACACUGGCAUGGGCAUCAGUCAAGAGGCGUGCUCCAGGCUGUUCCGCGCGUUCAUGCAGGGCGAUGCCUCUACGUCUCGCCGCUACGGGGGCACGGGGCUGGGCCUGGCGAUUUCCAAAUCCCUCGUGAACAUCAUGGGGGGGGACAUCCACGUCAGCAGCCAAGUGGGCGCGGGGUCCACCUUCGCCUUCACCAUCCAGCUCCCUGUGUCAACUGCCCAGCUCUGUGCACUGGCGGGGAACGGUGGGCUCAUGGCCAGAGACGACUCCCUGGCAGGUCAGUUCCUCCUGGGGUGGUUCCUGUGUCUAUCCUGGUUCAAAGCCUGGGGGAGGGGGGGAUUCAAGGGCUGUGGUGGGGUGGGCGCCAGGUCCACCUUCGCCUUCACCAUCCAGCUGCCCAUCUCAACCGCCCAGCUCUGUGCUCUCGCUGGCAACGGCGGGCUCAUGGCCAGAGACGACUCUCUCGCAGACUCAGCCUUCACCAUCCAGCUGCCCGUCUCCACGGCGCAGCUCUGUGCGCUCGCUGGCAACGGCGGGCUGAUGGCCAGAGACGACUCUCUUGCAGGAGGGUUAGGGCUGGGGUGUGAGGAGGAGAGGAAGAAGAGGAGGAAGGGGCUGGCGUGUUUGAUAGCGGAGGAUAAUAAAGUGAACCAGAUGGUGGUGGUGCGCAUGCUGAGGGGGCUGGGUGUGGUGUCCGACGUGGCUUCGAACGGAGAGGAGGCGCUGCGGGCGUGCGAGAAGAAAGACUAUGACGUGGUGUUCAUGGUGGGUGGUGUUACUCACUCACUCCCACAAUCACUCCCUCACUCACUCCCUCCCUCACUCACUCCCUCACUCCCUCACUCCCUUACUCAUUGCCACUCAGAAGUCCCGAAAGAGCUGUGCUAUAUGAAUGCGCCUCACUGUCCCCCUUCCCGCCCCACCUUCCUUCGCUCUCAUCCCCGUCCCACCCCUGUUUCCUUUCUGUUCCUCUCCCCUUCUCGGGACUGCCACAUGCCGGUGAUGGCUGGCUUCAUUGCCACUCAAAAGCUUCGACUGCCACAUGCUGGUGAUGGCUGGCUUCACUGCCACUCAGAAGCUUCGACUGCCACAUGCCGGUAA